AUGGCUCUCCUUUACGCCGUCCUUUUGCAGGUUCUCAGCUGGCCUGGGCUCUGUCUCUUCCUGCGGCUGCUGGCGACCGGGCUGGCGGGCGUGCUUGGAGUCUGGACGGUGAGGCUGCUGGCCCGCCACGCCUGGUACACGCGCCGGUUGUCCCGCUUCAACACGCCGCCGACGCAUUCCUGGCUGAUAGGUCACCUCGGCCAGAUGCGGAGCACGGAGGAGGGCCUCCAGCAGGUGGACGAACUGGUGCAGACCUACAAGCACUCCUGCUGCUGGUUCUUGGGGCCUUUCUACCACCUGGUCAGAGUCUUCCACCCCGACUACGUCAAGCCCCUGCUGAUGGCAUCCGCCAACAUCACGGUGAAGGACGAGCUGAUCUACGGCCAUCUGCGUCCAUGGCUGGGACAAAGUUUGCUAAUAAGCAGCGGAGAGGAGUGGUCUCGCAAGAGGCGACUGUUGACGCCGGCUUUUCAUUUCGACAUCCUUAAGAACUACAUCCUGACGUUCAACUCCUCCACCGACACCAUGCACAACAAAUGGCAUCGCCUGGUGGCGGAAGGAACAACCAACAUAGAGAUGUUUGACCAAAUCACUCUGAUGACCCUGGACAGCUUAUUAAAGUGCGCCUUCAGCUACCAGAGCAACUGUCAAGAGUCCACCAGUGAAUAUGUGUCUGCCAUUGUGGAGCUCAGCGACCUGGUGAUAGAUCGCCGCCUUCGCAUUUUGCACCACUGGGACUGGAUCUACUGGAAAACUCAGCAGGGACAGAGAUUCAAAAGAGCAUUGAAUGUGGUGCACAGGUUUACCAGGGAUGUUGUGCAGAAGCGCCGUGCUCUCAUUGACCAGCAGAGGGAGACAGAGGCGCUGACCAAUCAGAGUGCGGGACAACAAAGAAAGAAAGACUUUGUGGACAUCAUUCUGCUGUCAAAGGAUGAAGAUGGGCAAGGACUCUCAGAUGAGGAAAUACAGGCGGAGGCCAACACUUUCAUGUUUGCAGGACAUGAUACGACAGCUAGCGCCAUUUGCUGGACACUGUACAAUUUAGCGCGACACAUCCAUUAUCAGGAAAAAUGCCGGCAGGAAGUGAUGGAACUGAUGGAGGGACGGGAAGGGCAUGAAAUAGAGUGGGACGAUCUCUCCAACCUUCCCUUCACCACCAUGUGCAUCAAGGAAAGCCUCAGACUCCACUCGCCUGUCCAGGCCGUAACGAGGAACUACACCCAGGACAUGACGCUGCCAGGAGAUCUGACAGUGCCAAAGGGUGUAAUCUGUUUGGUCAGCCUUUACGGGACGCACCACAACCCUGAAGUCUGGACAAACCCGCAUGAGUAUGACCCUCUGCGUUUUGAGCCAACCGGCACACAGAGUCGCUCUGCUCAUGGAUUCAUCCCCUUCUCCUCAGGCCCCAGGAACUGCAUCGGACAGAAAUUCGCCAUGGCUGAGCUGCGGGUUGUGGUGGCUCUGACCCUGCUGAGGUUUCGUCUGACCCCGGGUGUUAACCCUGAAUCGGGGAGCGGCCCGGGGGCAGCGCGGCGUCUCCCACAACUCGUCCUGCGUGCCGAAGGAGGCCUGUGGCUGCAGCUGGAACCGCUGAACGAGCCACGCUUUGGGGAACCUCCAGACAAAUGAUCUGAUUACUAUUUUCUGUCAUAAUUUAAAACAAAAAAAAACCCCACAACGUAAGCUUGUAUUUUGUAGCUAAAUCAAUCCUCUUCUUCAACCUGUUUUUAAUACAUGUUUUUCUGUCAUUUCCAAUUGGACUUGAUUCUGUGCUAAAAAAUAUAUAUAUUUUGUCAUUGUAAAUGCAAGAUUUAAAAGUUAAUAUAUGUAUUUUUGUCAGGAUGCAGUUUUGCCUGCUGCACCCUGGACAUUUUCCGGCACCUUCCUCCUCCCAUACACCCAUUCCACUCACCUCCGAUCACUGCCACUUGCCACCGCUAAUUAAAGAGAACGCAACUCAGAAUCAGAAUCAGGAAUACUUUAAUAAUCCCAAAGGGAGAUUACAGUUCCAGUUCAACCAUCCAUCACAUACAAUUCUCGGGAACGAUUCACUGCCGAGGACCCCGCCUGACGUGGUUACCAUAGGGCGCUGCCUUUUACUCUGUGGAAAGAUAGGGGCAACAUUUGGGGAGGAAAAGGAAAAAAACACAUUUCACACUUUGUCCUAAUUCCAGGAUACAGUUUGAGAUAUCAAAAAACCUUGCACGAGAAAAGCACAUAUGACGAGAUAAUAUUUAUGCAGGGGGUUAACCUUGGAGACUAGCCUCAUGAAGUUCAUAUGUUGUUGUGGGCAUCAGUUAUGUGUGCGCGUUUGGGUGAAAGAUGUUAUAUUUCCAUGAAUGAGAGGCCAUUGUCCUUGAUGUUAUCACCGGCCCACAGUUCAGAAGCAUCCACAGAUGUCCACGGGGUAGGAGGGAGCAGGGGAGCAGUUCUGGGCUCUCUCGCCAUAACAUCCAGGGGAGUUCUUUGAUAGGGGAGGCAUAAUCCAAAUACACAAUUUGUUAUGGGUCUAUGU